AUGCACCUCCUACUUUCUGCGUUGCAUGUAGGUUCCCAGGCUGAAAAAGCUGCUCUCGACAUUUGCGCUGUGUAUGGAGUUGCUGCCAUAACUGAAAGAAUUGCUCGUGAUUGCUAUGAUAAGUUCAGAAAUGGAACCUUUGCCCUCAAAGUCGCAUCUCGUUCUGGACGUCCAGAGGAGUUCGAUGAAGAGCGAUUAAAGCAACAUUUGUAUGAAAAUUGGCGUCAAACGACUAGGGAACUGGCAGAGACUGCUGAAGGCUUCCGCGCUGCUAUAGAGAAAUAUUUUCAGUCAAUGAGAAAUGUCCGGAAGUGUGGAGGAUCUGUUUCGCAGGCUAUAGCUGACAACAACAGGAAUCUAAAAGACACAAUCGCCGCUGGUUUGCUUCUUCGUCCUUGUUCACCUCAUGGACGGAAGAAAUGA